GAGAGAGUCAAAAUCGAUUCUUCUCCAAUCUCCCCACGAUAAGGAGACAGAUAGGCAACAGAGUUUUUAUUACAGAUUCCACCACCCAACCAACGACCUUCUUGUACGGACCAAACCCCUCCGAUUCGGAUCCAUUCUCAAUCCUCGAUUUCUCCGACUGGUUUGAGCAAUGGCUAGCUCUAAGGGAUCACAGAAUGUUAAAGACGUGAUGUACCCAGGCAAAAAUGCUUUGCUCCCUCCAAAGAUUCCGUUUCCCAGCGUAUCAGCACCAUACUCCGAGUAUAUUCCUCUUGGUUCAAGGCACGGUCACAAGCUUAGCGAUGAGAAAACGCACCACCACCAUCACCAACGGACUUCCUCUGAGAGCGAUUUGUUAGAAGAGCCUCCCUUGUGGCUUGAUGAUCUUCUCAAUGAGCCAGAGAGCCCUGUUCGCAAAUGCGGUCAUCGGCGUUCAUCUAGUGAUUCUUACGCUUACCUAGACAUGGCUAAUGCUAAAAACAUUAGCUUGACUCUCCAAAACGAUUUUAGCUAUAGGAAUAUAGGUUCUUCUUCCUCUCAAAGAGGAGGGGUUCAUGAGCUUGAUUGGAACCAAAAUGCUCAGGGGGCUGCUGCCUUCUACUCUGAUUCUAAUUUUUUGAAUCAGACGAAUCGACAGAGGGAUUCUUUGGUGGCACCUCCUGGUGCUCGUCCUUCUUGGCUACCUUUCACUCGAGAGAGUGUUGGUGGAAAACACAUGGGAGCUUCAUCAUAUAUGCCUCAAGAAGCAACAGAGACGAAGAACUACGCCAAAAAUCUUUCCCAUGACGCUAAAAAGUUCUCUCCUGAGCAGAAAAACUCAAAUGCUCAGCCUGUGACUUGUGACGCUGACAAUACAAGACGAGCCAAACAGCAAUUUGCACAACGAUCACGGGUCCGUAAGCUCCAGUACAUAUCUGAACUAGAAAGGACUGUACAAGCGUUGCAGGCAGAAGGUUCAAAAUUUUCAGCUGAUCUUGAUUUUCUCAAUCAGAGGAAUCUUAUUCUGAGUAUGGAAAAUAAAGCUCUUAAGCAGCGACUAGAAAGUAUAGCUCAGGAGAAGCUGAUCAAACAAAUGGAACAGGAGCUGUUGGAAAAGGAGAUUGGAAGACUACGUGCUCUGUAUCAGCAGCAGCAGCAGAAACAGCAGCAGCAACAACAAAAUCAACAACCAGCAGCAAGUCACAAACGUUCCACUAGCAAAGAUCUUGACUCUCAGUUCUCAAGUCUUUCCCUGAACAGCAAGGAUUCCAACUCUAACCGUGACUCUGUAUCUGUGCAGAGUCAGUUUCACUUUUAGUCAGUGAGUCUCUCUACCCACUGGUUCAUUAGAUCUUAAGGUCCUGUCGUUUCAACAAGAUCAGGGCCUAAUCUACUGUCUCGUAAACCUCCCUCACCGCACAUGUUUUAACUGGUCAUCAUCACUUUCUCCGUUUACUGAAAACCGUUAUUAGUUCCAGCAGAUGUCUUGCCUGAGGUGGUUUAUUUCGAAGAUCAGACACCUGGACUUCAUUUACCUGGUGAUUGUUGUAGCGACUUGUGAUAUGGGACGAAUGUAUCAAACCCUAGCAAAUUAGUAACACCGAUAUGUGGAGUUGUACUAUGAUAUCUACUGUUUGUUUGUUUGUAUUUUAUGUUACUGGUAAAAUGGUGCAUCCCCUUCGAGUGAAUGCUUCAUGUAAAGUUGAUGACAUUCUCUGUUGUAAGCUCUUUUAAGCGUCGAGAUAUUGUUUGCUUCAGAAUUUGUCUUGGUACUUAUUAUGUACUUCUUGCUUCUUUCACUGUUUU